AUGGCGCGGGUGCUGGCUUCAGCAGGCAUGGCGGCCGUGCGAGCAGCGGCGUGGCAGGGUAUGAGUGCAUCGCAUCAAGCAUGGCGGCAAAAUGGGAGUCGCGUGAAGCUUUCCCUGUCCAGGUUCGUGGGGCAAAUGGGUCGGCACGAUGAGCCAUCAGCAGGCCGCGAUCAGGAGAGGCAGUCAGAAAAGCUUGGAGAUGCGAAUGCGGCCCCCUCAUUGACAGGCGCACGCAUCAGCUACGAGGACAUGUGCAAGGUGGCGGCCGGCUGGGAGGAGUAUGCCCAAACAGGGUCGCUGCCUGAUUCAGCGGUUUUGGUCCUUGACGUGCGCGAGGAGGGCGAGUACAACGCCGGGUUUAUACCGGGUGCCAUCAACCUGCCCAUCAGUGAGCUGACGCGCAUGGACCCCGAGUCAGCGGCCGAGUACGUGGCAGAGGCGCUCGACGUUGAUGCCGCCCGCCUGGACCUCCUUGAGAACCGCGAGCAGGACAUUGUCGUGUACUGCAAGCUGGGAGUACGUUCGGGCCUUGCGCAGCUUUUGUUGGGCCAGUGGGGCUACCCGCGUGUCCACAACUACAAAGGCAGUUACGAAGAGUGGUCCCGCCUCAGUAAAUAG